GUGACGUCAGGUCCUGUAAUCCGGAAACGGCGGCGACGGCCGAGGCGACCGAGCCGAGGGGCUGUCGUUGGUGGGCGCUCCAGAGAUCCGAGAGGAGCGGAGCGUGACCCGGAAACGGAAGCGAGUCCCUGUCCCAGCUCCGCACACCAGUGGGCUCCCGUGGCCAUGGACCUGUUGUUUGGGCGCCGGAAGACACCAGAAGAGCUGCUGCGGCAGAACCAGCGUGCCCUGAACCGCGCCAUGCGAGAGCUGGAUCGUGAGCGGCAGAAGCUAGAGACCCAGGAGAAGAAAAUCAUCGCAGACAUCAAGAAAAUGGCCAAGCAGGGCCAGAUGGAUGCCGUGCGCAUCAUGGCAAAAGACCUGGUACGCACUCGGCGGUACGUGCGUAAGUUUGUGUUGAUGCGAGCCAACAUCCAAGCUGUGUCCCUCAAGAUCCAGACACUCAAGUCUAACAACUCAAUGGCACAAGCCAUGAAGGGCGUCACCAAGGCCAUGGGCACCAUGAACAGACAGCUGAAACUGCCCCAGAUCCAGAAGAUCAUGAUGGAGUUUGAGCGCCAGGCGGAGAUCAUGGACAUGAAGGAGGAGAUGAUGAACGACGCCAUCGACGAUGCCAUGGGUGAUGAGGACGAUGAAGAGGAGAGUGAUGCCGUUGUAGCCCAGGUGCUGGAUGAGCUAGGCUUGAGCCUGACAGAUGAGCUAUCAAGGGCUCUCUUCCUAACUCCCACUCUCUGCAGACCUCCCAUCCACUGGAGGCUCGCUCAGCGUGGCCGCCAAUGGGAAGAAAGCAGAGGCUGCAGCCUCUGCCCUAGUUGAUGCAGAUGCAGACCUCGAGGAGCGGCUCAAGAACCUUCGGAGGGACUGACCCCCUAUCCCCUACCCCCUACCCCAGGGAGGAUGGCCCAUCAUUUUCACUAUACCUUCCGUAAUAAAAGACAUUGAACACUA